AUGGCGCAGUCGCACAUCCUGUCAGCCGUCGAGUCGGAGAUCACGGCCGGCCGCUGCAAGGGCGACCCCACGGAGCGCGAGCUGCAGGUGUCGCUGGACGACCGCGACCUGUGGACCAAGUUCCAGUGCCUCACCAACGAGAUGAUCGUCACCAAGAACGGCAGGCGAAUGUUCCCCGUGGUGAAGGUGAGCGUGUCUGGCCUGGACCCCACGGCCAUGUACACGGUGCUGCUCGAGUUCGUGCAGAUCGACCCUCACAGGUGGAAGUACGUCAACGGCGAGUGGGUACCUGGGGGAAAAGCAGAAGUCCCGCCGACGAAUCCCAUCUACAUGCACCCGGAAUCGCCCAACUUCGGCGCGCACUGGAUGAAAGAGUCGGUGUCGUUUGCCAAGGUCAAGCUUACGAACAAGGCGAAUAGCAAUGGCCAGAUAAUGCUGAACUCUCUGCACAAAUACGAGCCCCGAGUACAUCUGGUGAAAGUGAGCACAGAGCACAGGAGAGUGUUCACAUACCCGUUUCCCGAGACCCAGUUCAUAGCGGUUACAGCAUACCAAAAUGAAGAGGUCACUUCUCUGAAGAUCAAAUACAAUCCGUUUGCAAAAGCAUUUCUGGAUGCCAAAGAGAGGCCGGACAGUUUCUACCAGCGUGACCUCAUUUCAAACUAUUCCCAGCCUCACCAGCCGCAAUACUCGCAGUACGGGACGUGGUUCAUCCCACAGAGCGUGUACCCGUCGCCGUCGCACCGGCCCACCCUGCCCGCCGCGCUGGCGCCCUGCGACCGGUUCCCUUCAGCCGUGACGUUCUCAGAGCCGCAGUCGACGGGCUUCGGCGCGUGGUCGGCAGCGGCGCACAGCGCAACCAGCACCAUCAGCUGGCCCACGUCGGUGUCCCCGCCGCCGCCGAGCCUGCAACCUCUCGCGCCCAUUUCGCCCGGCGGCUCGCCGCACGCCUACAGCGCCGCUGGCUUCGCGCCCGACCUCUACCAGCACUACUCGCCGCAGCCACAACCGCAGCCGCACGAGUACCUGGCCGUGCUGCCCGGGUACCCGCGCGCUGAGCCCGGCUCGCCAGCGCCCAGCCCAUCCCCGCGCGGCCAGUACCGCGACGACUGCGGCGACGCACCGCCCUCGCCGCACGAGCCGCACGAGUACCUGGCCGUGCUGCCCGGGUACCCGCGCGCCGAGCCCGGCUCGCCAGCGCCCAGCCUGUCCCCGCGCGGCCAGUACCGCAACGACUGCGGCGACGCACCGCCCUCGCCGCACGAGGCGCCCUCCUGCUGGAACCCCCAGGCGGGGCUGUGA